AUGGGUAAUUAAACCUCUUAUGUUAAUGAAUAAGUGAUAUCAAUGGAUGGCAAAUUAGAAGAUAAUUUAGAAUGCAUUGGAUCAAAGUAGCACAAAUAUUUAGGAUAGAUUUAAUUAUGGAGGAGAGAUUCUAAAAGCAAUCCCACCAUCUUCUCGAAAGUAUCAAUUCAACUAAUCAUAAAAGCAAUCUCACAGUGGAUAACGACAUGAUAUCAACACAAAUGAACAUAAUGAUAGAAAAAAAGUGAAUCACCCAAAUAUUCUACAAUAUUAUGGUUGCUAAUCCAAUUAUUUAACAUUUAAGGGUAAUAUCCUAUAAACCAAAUUUUUUUUUGAAUAUGUUCCAAAUACCUUAGAUAAUGUUAUCAGUUUUCAUAAGAAGAAUUGCAGUUAUCUGGAAGAAUCUGAAAUUUGGAAAGUACUUGAUAUUUAUAGUCAUUUAGAUAAUUCAACAGAUAGUUUCUGCUUGUUCAUUUUUAGAAAAAUUAGAUUUAUUUCAUGGAGAUUUGAAUCCAUAAACAAUAUUUAUUGAUAAUUCCAAAUAAAUUAAAAUAUUGGUACUUCAAAUAAAUAACAAAAUAGUAUCAUAAUGCAUAUCCAGAUAUAAUUACAUCAUAUGCUAAAUUAUUAGCCUACUCUGAUGCCAGUGUUUACAUAUCACCCCAAUAAUUAGAUUCUUUGGCUACCCAAUCAGUUGAUCCAACAGAUGACCCUCAGAAAACAGAUUCAUUUUAAUUUGGACUCACAUUGCUAGAAAUAAUGACCAUGACCUCAAGUAUACUUUAAUCAUUUAUAUUGAGUUUUGGAAGACUGUAUAGAUUAUCAAAGAAAGACUAUUUAUUAUAAAUCAAUAAUGGAUCUAUUGUCAUCAGCAAGAAAGAGAUAUUCCUAACACUUGAUCGAUGUAGUGUAAAGAUUGAUUACAUUUGAUGAAUAAUCAAGGCCAAAACUUUCUGAUUUCCUUUAUGAUACAAACCUGUAAUCACAACAAAGCAGCAGUUUCUUACCCUAAUCCAAAAUAAGAAGAUAUACCUCUCCUCCUAAAUAACCUGAAAGGACUAACUCACCACCACCUGACAUGGGAUUCAGUAGUAAAUCUCCAGUGUAAAGAGAUCUAUCCAUCCAAUCAUAAUUUAGAACUCCUCUCUAAAGGAGUGUCUCUCCUAUUUUAGAUAGAUCUACCAAGUAUCUAAAUCUUGCUCAGAGCAGAAAUACAACAGCCUUAAGUGUGUUUCAUAAGAGUCCAAAUAAACCAGCUAUAUUGAUUUAAAGUCAAACUCCAAUCAAAAAUGAUAGAGGAAGAAAACUUAAUACUGUAACGGAUAAUUCUAGAAAUGUUUUGGUCGUAAGCAGAAGUCCAAUAUAAAACCAAUCAAGAAAAGCAUCAGCAUAAUAUGCUUCAACUCAUCAACCAGCUUUAACAUUUGUUACUCCCAGGCAAUAUACUAACUUUUUGCCGGUGUAAUAAGAGUCCUAUUCGGAGAGUGUUAAUUAGAAAUAAUUGAAUCAGUAACAAUACUUUUCUUAAACUCUCUAACACUAUGUUCAACCUUAUCAUAACAAUUAAGAAAACUUCAAUAAUACCUUACCAAAACCACAAAACAUUUAGACAUAACUUUAAUAAUAACAAUCCAUAUAAUAAUAGCCUUAAUCUGCAAACGCACUUAGUAAAACGCCAUAAAAAGUACCAUCAAAGGGUAUAAAUUUACUAUCCCCACUAUAAAGUAUUAAUAAAUGA